AUGGUCUCCCAUCCGGAAUUGCCGACAUCUAACCGCUGUCUAUGGGCGUCUGUUGUCUUGAUCUCGGGACCCCCGGUGCGGUUACUCCGUGAAAUCCCUAUGAAUGACGGAUGUCGCCAUCUCAGAAAGUGUAAACGCAGAAAAGAACUCUUCCAACCUCCUCAUGUCGAAGACCGAAAUUGUCGUCUCCACAAUGAACACCUCCCCCCGCAUACAGAUCGCCCAGUAGCAAAUGAAAUCUUCCCCAGAUUGCAGGCUCGCGUCAUGUGCCUCAAUGAGCAAAUUGGAAUGCUCAUUGCAUCCGACCCUGUCACACUGCAGGCAUUCCGCCCGCCUCGAGGCAUUCACAGCUCCCCUCGAGUUUCGGUUUCGGUGAUUACACUCCCAGCUACGGAACGAACUUCGGGUCGUUAUCCGCCCGUCGCCGUGUCUGCCUCUCUUUCGGCUCAGCUCAAUCGUACAAGCGCAUCAGGACACAGACGGUCCAGCCUCACCUGCUAGUGUUUUGUGUAACAAGGUGCAACCCAACAAAAGACACAAUGCAAUUGGAUCCAGCGUUUAGUUUAUCACUUGCACGUUUGUGCAUCCCUAUCCUAUAGCAGGCGAGGUACCUUUCUGUCAGUAGAUCCGAGGAACGACCCAAUCGCCAAAAUUCCUUAGUUGGCUACACCAC